UAAAUAAUAAUAAAUCAACGCUUACUUGCUGAUACAGGUGAUGUAAACAGCAUACACGUGGGAUCUGGAACCAAUAUACAGGAUAACUCCCUCGUUCUCGUGGAAGAAUCAGAAUUGUGUGGAAAGGGGCUACCAACAAUUAUUGGGGACAAUGUCACAAUCGGCCACAGCGCUGUUAUACAUGCCUGCACCGUUGAUGAUGAGGCCUUCGUUGGCAUGGGAGCCAUUUUGCUUGAUGAUGUACAUGUGGAGAAACAUGCCAUGGUUGCUGCGGGUGCCCUUGUGAAACAGGGCACUAAAGUUCCAUCGGGAGAGGUAUGGGCGGGAAAUCCCGCUAAGUUUCUGAGGAAGCUUACUGCUGAAGAAAUAGCCUUUAUUACUCAAUCGGCCACCAAUUACUCCAACCUGGCACGCGUCCAUGCUGCUGAAAAUUCGAAAUCUUUCGAUGAAAUUGAAUUCGAGAAGAUGUUGAGGAAGAAGUAUGCUCGUCGUGAUGAGGACUAUGACUCGAUGAUUGGUGUCGUCCGCGAAACUCCCUCUGAACUCGUUCUUCCCGACAGCAUUCUGCCAGAUAAAGCGAAGAGUGCCAACUGAGAUAUACAGCGGACACGCUAACUAGGUAGCUUUCUUGAUCUCUUCCAUUGCGUUCUUGAGCAUCAUCGGGAUCUUGUCUUCCUACCCAGAAUAAUGUUUGUGCUUCCGUUUCAAGAUUCAAUCUUUCUCUUCCCUGGUUUUUUUCAAGGGACAACCAAUUGAAUGGCUAUAGAGCUGUAUUCUUUUCUUGCACCUCAGAUGAACUAGAUGAGUUGUAUACCAUAUAACUAUGGCAUGCUUGGAAGAUUUGUUUGAUAAUUGUUCCAAUUUCCCUCAUA